AUGUACCAUUUCCUCCUCUUCAUCGGCACGGGCUUGGACUCUUUGGUCCUGGGCUCCUGGCGUCCUUCUAUAGGGAUCCCCCUCCCCUGCUAUAUACUCCCGUCCCCCAGGUUCUCCAAGCAGUUGCCUUUCGGAGCUUGGCUGAUUCGCCUUUCCCAGACCCUCUUGUUGUGCAAGACAGAAGCUGGGUAGAGAACGGAUCCGAUGGUCCAGACCAAGGUGUACAGGGUGAUGUUCGACGGCGACGCGAUCACCACCACCGUGACGUCCUCCGGCGCGUCCGUGAAGGGCUGGCUCGACGAGGUCUUCUCCGUCCACCAUCGCCGCCUGCACAAGCUCGUCGUCGGGCUCGACGUGGAGUGGAGGCCCAUCUUCGGCCGCGGGUACAGCCCCACCGCGCUCCUCCAGAUCUGCGUCGGCCGCCGCUGCCUCGUCUUCCAGGUCCUCUACGCCGACUACAUCCCCAACGCGCUGGUGGAGUUCCUCGGCGACUCCGACUACAGGUUUGUCGGCGUGGGCGUGGGGGCGGACGCGGUGCGGCUCAGCAACGACCUCGGCCUGGACGUGGCCAACACGGUGGACCUGGCCGAGCUCGCGGCGGAGGAGAUGGGCCGCCGGGACCUCCGCAACGCGGGGCUGAAGGUCAUCGCGAGCGCCGUCAUGGGCGUCGACAUCGAGAAGCCGGACGAGGUAAGGCUCGGCCCCUGGGACGACUACUACCUCACCGACCAGCAGAUCAAGUACGCCUGCAUCGACGCCUUCGUCUCCUUCGAGGUCGGCCGGAUGCUGCUCACCGGCGACUACUGAUCGAGCGUCCGGCGGCCGCCGCCGCGAGUCCCUGUCCCUGGAAAUUGCAGUGCUUUUUUUGUUCCAGAUUGUCCUAGACUCCUAGUUCCAGCACUUCCGAACGGGCUCCUCGGUGAUUGCUGUUAGGGUUAAUUGGUAUGGUAAGGUUUUAGGGGUUUCCGGGAUGGAAGAAUAAUCAGACAGCCGCAGUGGAGACGGGGAUUAGUUUAGGAUCAUUGUGAUGUGUUCGUUCAUGGAUUCUUAUUUGCUUCAGAGCAGGCUAAACAUUUGGUGAUCAA